UUUCGGUUGGCAACCCGCACGACGGGGAAGGUCACGUCCUCUCGUCUCCCCGGGAAAGGUGAUCAGAGGACGCCUAUUUGCUCCGCUCCCGGCGACGAAGCGACUUGCUGUGAGGAUGGCGUUCUUAUCGCGUCGGCUUGCUUGCUCUCUAGCGAGGCACUUCCCCAAGCAAGUAACGAAACUUGUUCCUAACCACGAAGCGAUAGCAGCGAUUGCACUCCGAAAAAUUUCGAGUUCGCCAUGCUCGUUCGCGGGAGCCGGUUCCGCCGAGGUAUCCAGCAUCCUCGAAGAGCGCAUCCUUGGCCACGACGCCGGAGCCAGCAUGGAAGAAACUGGACGUGUGCUAAGCAUCGGCGACGGCAUUGCUCGCGUCUACGGGCUCAAGAAUAUCCAGGCUGAAGAGAUGGUGGAAUUCUCCUGCGGGCUCAAAGGUAUGGCCCUUAACUUGGAACCCGACAACGUGGGUAUCGUAGUAUUCGGAAACGACAAGCACAUCAAAGAAGGCGACAUUGUAAAGCGUACCGGAGCAAUCGUGGACGUCCCCGUUGGUCCCGAACUCCUUGGCCGCGUGGUGGAUGCCCUCGGUAACCCGAUCGACGGUAAAGGCCCCCUCGGAUGCAAGUCCCGUGCUCGUGUCGGUGUGAAGGCACCUGGCAUUAUUCCCAGAAUCUCCGUGAAGGAGCCUAUGCUUACGGGUAUUAAGGCUGUGGACAGUCUGGUCCCUAUUGGCCGUGGCCAGCGAGAGCUGAUUAUCGGAGACAGGCAAACCGGCAAAACCGCCAUUGCAAUCGACGGAAUCAUUAACCAGAAGCAAUUUAAUGAGGGCAGCGACGAGAAGAAGAAGCUGUACUGCAUCUACGUUGCAAUCGGUCAGAAAAGGAGCACCGUCGCCCAGAUCUUGAAGAGGCUAACGGCGAGCGACGCCAUGAAGUACACCAUCAUCGUGAGCGCCACGGCUUCUGAUGCGGCGCCUCUACAGUACCUCGCCCCGUACUCGGGCUGCGCCAUGGGUGAAUACUUCCGUGACAACGGCAUGCACGCACUCAUCAUCUAUGACGACUUGUCCAAGCAAGCCGUCGCCUAUCGGCAAAUGUCGCUGCUGCUGCGCCGACCCCCGGGCCGUGAAGCGUACCCUGGUGACGUCUUCUACCUCCACUCCCGUCUGCUGGAGCGAGCUGCCAAGAUGAACGACACCUUCGGCGGUGGCUCCCUCACUGCGCUGCCAGUUAUUGAGACCCAGGCUGGUGACGUCUCGGCGUACAUCCCGACCAACGUAAUCUCCAUCACUGAUGGCCAGAUCUUCCUGGAGACGGAGCUGUUCUACAAGGGUAUCCGGCCUGCCAUCAACGUCGGUCUCUCUGUGAGCCGUGUCGGCUCAGCUGCCCAGACAAAGGCCAUGAAACAGGUGGCAGGGUCCAUGAAGUUGGAACUCGCUCAGUACCGUGAAGUGGCAGCCUUUGCUCAGUUUGGCUCUGACCUGGAUGCUGCCACACAGCAGCUACUCAACAGGGGUGUCCGUCUAACGGAGCUAUUGAAACAGGGCCAGUACACUCCCAUGGCGAUUGAAGACCAGGUUGCUGUCAUCUACACCGGCGUUCGUGGUUAUCUGGACAAGCUGGACCCCUCCCAGAUCAACCGGUUUGAGCAGGAGUUCCUGCAACACAUCCGAACAUCGCACAAGGACAUCCUUGCCACCAUCGCCAAGGAAGGCCACAUCAGUGAAGCCACCGAUGGGAAACUAAAGAGUAUUGUUACCUCAUUCAUGGCCAGCUUCCAGGCCUAAAUAGCUUGGCUUACUUGCACUGUUUUAAACUGCCCUUCAAACUUCUCUAGUCUGUAUAUAGGAGCGCUUAGGAUCCGCUAGAAUAGAAACCUGUGCAAGGAUUAAUUUAUGUUGUAUGGUGCCAUUUGCAAUAAAUGUCUGUAAAGCUGAUCUGCAAGAUUUGGACAGAUGUGGCUAAGUAAGUCAACGUGUCCUUACCAAGGGUGGCCAGUUUGUAGCUCAAGUCUGCGUGGAAAGUGUUAAAGCUGUUUUUGUUUGGGUGUCUUGUUUCUUGCAUGUUCUACAAUUUUUAAAAACUGUAUUUCUGAAGUGCUGUUGUGUAUUGGCAACUAAAGAAAAUGGCCUAAAGAAACUAAAGAAAGCUUGUGAUGCAAUCACUUUGUGGGCGCGUUGUAGAAUAUAUUGGAAGUUCCCAUAUUGAAGGACAUCUGAGAACCGGCGUCAGAACUAUGCAAGAGACGGGGGGGGGGGGGGGGGGGGGCGACGGCGAUUUUUGCGCCCCUCCCCUGUAUUGUUUCCAUUUAAUUUAUGAACUGCUGUGGGGGGGGGGGGGGGGGCGGUCGCCUCCCCUCUUUUGACACCACUGUCUGAGAAACUUGCCUAUAUCUUUAUAUGGCUCACUUUGCUCUAGCAUAUGACCUCUAUAACUGUUCUAUCUUAUUCAUUGUUGUUCAAAAGUGACAUUCUGAAACAUUUAUUCACUUAACAGUUGAACAUUGGUUCCUGACUGUUUGAGGUUGAUGUUGAAAAAACAUUUUCCUAAGUCUUUUCAAGUUUUAUGUCUAAACUGGCUGAGCAUCUGAACUACAAUUACUUCAACACUUUGCAGCAAUGCAAGGAUGUGUGAAUUUUUGGCCUGCCCCCAUAUGAUAUUUUGUACAACACUUUGAUAUUUGUACAUCACUUUGACAUAUACUGUAUGUCUAGGUGGGGUAAAACAGUCAUGAAGUGCUCUGCAUAUGCUUUCCAUGAGGCCUCUCUGAUGAUUUGAAAUAGCUGCAUUUGAUUCCUAUCGACAAAAUCAUCAAUGACUGUAAGUAGCAACCAGUUUAGGAAAACUGUCAUUCCUGUAGCUGAAGUCAGCCUCAGUCCUUCCAGCUUGAUGACCUGUAAGAUGAGAAUUGCAGUGAUCAUGUCAACUAUGCAACAAAUUUCUUCCAAAUGGUUCUGUUGUUUAUUGAUCUUUAUUCAAUGCAGUUGUCGGUUAACCAAACAAGCGAGUGCAUUACUUCGAGAGGGUAUACAGCCAAGCGUUUUUAAUUUUUUUUUAAUCGCACAGGCUCUUGAUAAGCUCACCGAUUCCUUCCAAUUUUGUUUAAUUUAAAUAAAGAUUUUUUUUUGCUGGAAUAUAAAAUGUUAACGUGCAAACAUUUAUCUCGAGAAAAUGUCACGAAAAUUUUAAGUCUUAUAAAAUCCCAUGAACGUUUUGUCUAAGAAAAGCUUGCACAAUUCUCCUUCGAAUUUAAACGAAUCACAUAACUUUCGUACUAUGUGACAAAACUUUUCCAGAGAGAAUGUACUGGAAGUCACCAGCUGAUAUGCCCUCUUAAUUAAAGAGAAUUGGAGGUACUGUGCAGCUAUACAUUUCUAUAUUUUACCUCUGCUGUGUCACUUUACAUUGAUUAAUUUUAAGCAAACUGAAAGCAAGUGACUGGAGUAUGACAGACAUGCCACAGCUGGUUCAUAAUAACAUGUACUGAACACAAUACAUUAAUGAAAGUUCUCCAGUAAUCGCGCCAUGAUGCUUCCAAUUACUACCCAUAGGCUGCUCCAAUCCACUUUGUGUCAAAGUGCUAAAUGUUCAAUCCUCAUCAUCAAAAUUUAAUCAUCUUCAGUCUACCUUAAGAUAUUAGUACCGUUUCUCCCCGCAAGUGGAAUGAACUAUAGUCAGUGUUAGGUUCAGAGUUCAGGGGAAGCUCUUUCCACCUAUUUCCCCUUUAGCAGAGCGAACGCUGGGGAGGAGGCGACCUUCUCUCCAGCGUUCGCAGAAUCGAGGAGUUGCCCCUGAAUUCUUAGCCUGUCACCGACACUAAAAUGAGGGGGUGUCGCGAUUACUGCCGGUUCGCUGAGCUACUUGGUGUAUGUGAACAUCAUACAAAACGACAUGGCGCCAUCUUGUGUCUCCGUUUGGAAGCAAACCUUUGGUUGAUGAUAUCACGAAAUUUAGCGUACACCGCGGUGCACGAUGCAAUUUUUACCGCUGCUCAUUCAUUUUUUUUUUUUUUUACGUUAGACGAGCAUUUUUGAGAUUAUAUCGCGUUGAGCUGUUUUAUUAGUAUCAGCAUCAUUUGGUUAUCUGAUAUUUUAGGUGCUAAAAUGUGCACUCUUACAAAAACAAUAAGACAGAAUCUGGACACGAAUCAACAACAGUAACGCCAUUUUUGCACAAUUGCGUGCAGUUUCACAAAUCCCUCGUAGACACAGUAAUCUCGGCUUAAUUAUGCACAACCCACUUCCCCCUUUUUCUACCCUAGAUUUUGCACGCUACUACAGUCUAAAAUUACUUCACCCAAAAAACAAACGUCACCAUUGUUUUGGUAGAAACAGGCUCUCUAACGUUUCGAGAUUGUUUUCGGUCUCUAUUUGAAUUCACAGGCUGCUUCCAGCCUACUCUAAAUUGUUCGCCGUUUCCAUACCACUCUAAAAAUGUGUCAUCCAGUUCCGUCCGCACAUGAGUUGUGUUAAUAAAUUAUAUCUCAAGAUA